AUGCCAGCUCCUCAUACAGCUGCCCAGAGUAGCAAAGUCGAAGUCAUCGUUCAGGAGAGGAAGGAUACCCGGCCUGGGGUGCCACACAUCCGGGAGUGGGACAGAGGAAAAGGUUUUUAUUGAGAGACCACAAGCAGAUCUUCCACCCUCAGACCUCUGACUACAAAAGGAUGCCCUGGCUUAAUGACCUGUAAGGGCCAUUUCAGCACUUCCAUUCCAUCUGUCCCCAAGGCCUCACCUUAGGUGAGAACUUUGGCUCUCAUUCAGCUCUCAGGGUGUCUGCCUCCUCACAGCUGAAGGUCCUUCUUGUCUGAGAUGGACAGUAUUACCUAGUAGUAUGCGUGCUCUAGGACCAUGAAUGACAUCAAGACUAACCGAGAACUAUACCAGCAAUGCACCGCCAUGGACCCCAAGUUGCUGGCCCGCAUCUUCAGGCUGCUCAUCGUCUGCCAGGGUGCAGGCAUUUCUGUACCCAAGGGCAUCAGAAACAUCUUUGAGUUUACCUGGGAGGAGCUGAUCACUGACCCCAUGAUCCCUACCCCUUCUGAGAUCCUGGGCCUGGAGAUCAGCAUUGGAGCCCCGCUCGUGGUGCUUAUGGAACCGGCCCCUGUGCAGGCCUCUGUCCAGAACAAGCCACCUUCGCCAGUGCUACCACUGCUGUUGCUGCCCGCUUCCACUGGGCCGGCCAAAUUCUCCACACACUCUCCUACCCACGGCCAACGGCCAUCCAGCCAGGAGACCCUGCACAGGUUCCAGAGGCAGUCUAUCCACCUAUUGACCGAGCUCCUUACCCUGAAGAUGAAGGCCACGCUGGAGUCCAUGUCCAAUUCUUCCACAAACAUCCCAGCCAUGGGAGUGAACUCACCUUACCAGCUUGUCUACGAGUCCUCUACUGGCUGUCUGAGCUUUUCCCUCUCAACCGGAAGGGAAGUCAAGAAAAAACAGGGGAAACAAAGAACCACUGAAGAAGUAGUCUUGACAUCCCCACAACGAGGAGCAGGAACCUCUGCCUCUGAGGUUAUCGAGUUCAGCGACCCCUGCCCGGACGCCCGGGAGAAGCUGCAGGAGAUGUGUCGCAUUGUAGAAGCCGAAAGGGUCUCGUGGAAAGGGAGGAAUAUCUUCUACCUGAUCUUACGCAACUACAGGGCAAAGAUGCCCCCUCAUCUAAUGUCUACCCCCAAAGGGGAUGCUCAGAUCCCAAGCUCCCACCAUCUGCACCCUCCAGGUGCUCAGACUUCCACUCCCACCCCUCACCAACCUCCUGCCCAUCAUCUUCACUUGGACCGGCAUUCUCAGGAAUGGAAGGCACCCAAGAAGGCCAUCAAGUUGCAUUACACCUUCUAUGAUGGGUCGUUCUUCGUUUACUAUCCCUCUGGACACAUCGCCGUGUGUCAGAUCCCCAUGUGCUGCAGAGGGAGAGCCAUCACCUGCCUCUUUAAUGACACACCCAGCUUCUCCUUCCUGGCCGUGUUCAAUGCUGAAGGCCAGGGCUGCAUUCACUACAACCUGAAGGCCUGCUGCCCAUAUGUCUUGGUGUUGGAUGAAGAAGGUGGGACCGCCAACGACUACAACGGCUAUGUAGUCCACAAGUGGAGCUGGACCUCCAAGACAGAGACUUUGCUCUCUCUGGAAUACAAGGUGAAUGAGCAAAUGAAGCUGAUGGUGCUAGGACAGGAUUCUAUCAUGGCCACCUUUACCUCCCUGAAUGAGACAGUAACACUCCCCAUAUCGGCCAACAGCUGUCCACAUGGGACAUCGCACAAUAAACGGAUGACCCGCAGAAUCAGCAGCAUGGAUGAAAAGAUAUCUAAGAUGAGUCGGGCCCUGGCAGAGAUCAAGAGGCGGUUUCAGAAGACAGCGUCCCAGUUCAUGAACUCCGUCCUGCUGGCGGCAGGCUUGUUCACCGUAGAAUAUCCGGUAAAGGAAGAGGCAGAAAUCAUUCGGACCAGAUUAAGGUCCGGGCCCUAUCCUGAGCACGCCACCAAGCUGAGUUUAUACUCAGGAGAAAUCCUUUUAUUACAAUCUCAGUCAGCCCGACCCGAAUCCUCAAUUGGAGAGUCUUCGAAGGAGGAGCCUGUGUUGGCUCCUGUGAGCACCACUCGGAAGAAACCCAUCAAGGUCCAGGCCAAGGCCACGGUCACACCCAGGUGGGCUUGGGCCUUCACUUCUUCCAGCUUCUGUGUGUCAGAUGCUGAGAUGGGUAGUAAACACGUGAUGGUGAACAAAACAGAUGAGGCCCCUCCCUCUUGGAGUUGAAAUUUUAGGGGUGGGGAAAGAUAGAAUAUAAACAUGUGAAGAGCUGAACUAUUUUAGUUAGGGAUAAGGCUGGGAAGAAAGCAGACCGGGGACAUGGGUUAGAGCCGAGGCUGGCAAACUGUGGUCAGGGGCCAAAUCUGGCCCCACUGCCUGCCUUUUUUAUGCGUGAGCUAAAAGUCGUUUUUAUGUUUUUAUUUUU